AUGGCUCCAGUUACAAACGGGCGUGUUCUAUUCAAUGCAAUUCCAGAAGGGUUUCCGGUACCAGGAGAAACGACUGUUUAUGAUACAUCGGAGACCAUCGACAUCGAGACGGUGGCUCUGAAUGGCGGUUUCGUGCUGAAGACCUUGGAACUCUCUGUGGACCCGUAUAUGAGGGGGCGAAUGCGGGAACCCUCUAAGAAAUCGUACUCAGAUCCAUUCUUCAUUGGCAAACCUCUAAAUGGUUACGGCGUUGGUGUGGUCAUUCGUUCAGAAAAUGCUGAGGUCCAAGUAGGAGAUCACUUGUACGGCAUUCUCGAACACCAGCAUUAUUCCAUAAGAAAAGACCUUUCGGGUCUCGAAAAGAUACAAAAUCCCGAUAAGCUUCCGUGGUCAGCAUAUAUUGGUGUUCUAGGCAUGCCUGGCAAAACUGCUUAUAUGGCAUGGAAGGAAUAUUCUCAUGCGAAGAAGGGCGAAGUUGCUUUUGUCAGUACAGGCGCUGGCCCUGUUGGAUCGCUUGUAAUCCAACUCGCGAAGAGGGAUGGAUUAAAAGUCAUCGCUUCUGCGGGAUCGGACGAAAAGGUCAAGUUUAUGAAGGAAAUAGGAGCUGACGUAGCCUUCAACUACAAAACCACCAAAACUGCCGAGGUUCUCGAGAAGGAGGGACCAAUUGAUAUUUUCUGGGAUAAUGUUGGUGGAGAGACCUUGGAUGCCGCCCUCGAAGCAGCUAAUAACUACGGCCGAUUCAUUGAAUGUGGGAUGAUAUCAGGCUACAACAACGGCCAUAGCACGGGAAUCAAGAAUCUCUUCCAUGUUGUCGCCAAAUCAUUGACUAUCAGCGGUUUCAUCAUCUUCCGUCUUGAAGCCAAGUACAGGGAAGAAUUUUAUAAAGUCCUGCCCCCUCUGGUGGCCUCAGGAGAAAUUAAGUACUCAGAGGAUGUCUACAACGGCUUGGACAAAGUCGGUGACGUUAUUUUGGCGGUUCAAAAAGGUACCAACAAGGCAAAGGCUGUAGUUCAUGUUGCGGAUGAGUGA